CAAACACGAAAAGGAAGUAACAUUCAUAAAUAGAGAGAGAAAGAAGCAUCCCAGUGGCAAAACCAUAAAUAAAAGAUGUCAAAAGAUUGCGGCAACCACGGUGGUGGCAAAGAAGCAGCCGUCCGGCGAAUCUGCGCCGCCGUUAUAGCCUUCAUCAUAAUAGUUCUAAUCACCAUCUUUCUAGUAUGGGUCAUACUAAGGCCAACUAAGCCAAGAUUCAUCCUGCAAGAAGCCACCGUCUUCGCCUUCAACCUCUCGCAACCAAACCUCCUCACCACAAACUUUCAGAUCACAUUCGCAUCUCGUAACCCUAACUCCAAGAUCGGUAUCUACUACGACCGUCUCCACGUCUACGCUACGUACCGUAACCAGCAGAUAACUCUCAGGACAGCAAUCCCUCCGACGUAUCAAGGCCACAAAGAAGACAACGUCUGGUCUCCGUUUGUUUACGGGACCGCUGUUCCGAUCGCACCGUACAACUCCGUCGCUUUGGGAGACGAGCAAGGUCAUGGACUCGUUCAGUUGAUGAUACGCGCCGAUGGGCGCGUGAGGUGGAAAGUAGGGACGUUGAUCACCGGAAAAUAUCAUAUCCAUGUUCGGUGUCCGGCUCUCAUCAAUCUUGGGAACAAAGCUGCUGGUGUUAUUGUCGGUGACAACGCCGUUAAGUAUACGUUGGUUACUAAAUGCAGUGUGAACGUUUAGAACUUUGACGCCGCUUCACUUUCUCUACAAAAUCUCUGACGCAUACUGUGCAUCCUAAAACAAAUCCAAGAAAAGAUUUGCCUCCUAUACAUACAAAAGAUUGUAUUACGGAAAUACUCAAUAUUAUAUCUCUUAUAUCUUUCUAAAAUCUGUGGGCUUAUAGACGCAAUUGCCCGGUUUCUUCGUUUACAGAAGACGCAGUCGAGAAACAUGUAGACUGGAAAAGCUUAUGAAACAUAGUCGAGAAAUGAGAUUGAAGCUUUUCCGGGACAAGUAUGGAAAUGUAUAAAAAACAAAUAUGUUUGUGAAUAUCGGUUGAAUGGUUAACAUUUUUUAAA